AUGUCGUCUUUAGAUUCAACCGAGUCGACCCUGGCCGAAGUGAAACAGCUCACCAUCCUCGGGCGAGAGGACAGCCUAUUGCAGACUGACGCUGAAGAUAGCGACGCUCGACUCGCCCUAGGAAUGGAAUGUCUUCUAGGAAAAGAAGAGUCUGUGCGUGAUCUUUUGGCCAAACGGCGGAGAGUCAGAACCAUGGACGGCAGCACUGGCUGGGCGGAGCAACUAAGCAUCGCUUUAGACUACAAGAAUGCCCUCAGCAGCAUUGUUCCCUUCAAAGAGUACCAGAAGAGAAUCUCAAAAACGAUCGGUGGACGCACGCCUUUAUCCUGUGCUGCGGAAGGUGGUAACCCCAAGAUAGUUCGCAUGUUGUUGGAGGACGGCGAGGAUGUGAACGAGAGGGAUGCGGAUAGGUCCAAUGGUGUCCCGCUACAUUAUGCCGUCUACGACGAGAGCCUGGAGGCCUUCGAGCUUUUGUUACAGCAGAAGGUCGAUAUCGAGGCCACGAAUAUCGACGGACACACGACCCUGGCUGUGGCAGCCCGAUACUACCAAUCGGCGGCAGUCGAUGUGCUGCUCGACAAAUGCAAGCCCAACGUCAAUCCUAAAGAUGUUCACGGAUACACGCCGCUACUUCUACUCUUAAUGCCACGCCCGACAAUUCAUAUGGAGGCCCGACAAGGAUCAAAUGGACGGACUGCCUUGCAUAUCGCUGCGGCUCGCGGUAGUAUUGAGGAUAUGGUAUUGUUGCUGGAGAACGGGGCUGACGUCAAUAUCAGUAGUGCCGAAGGCUUGACAGCACUAGAUUUUGCUGCAAUACAAGGCAACCUGGAGAUGGUGACUCUACUUCUUGACUACAACGCCAAAGUUGAUACGCUGGGAAUUCGCAAGAUGACGCCUUUGGAUCAGGUGAUAAUGGCAAAUGAUAACAACAAGGAUCGCCCGCGUAUCAUUGAACUUCUCCUGCAACGCAAGCCCGACUUACUCCUGCAAAAAUCUGCGUCUUACCUUCUCAUGGAAGAGGUCACUACCAUGGGAAUGGCUGUCUGUCUGGGGACUCCGGAAAUGGUGCGGGUAUUGCUUCGCUAUCCAGGCAGCGAUGCCAAGCAAAGCGUCCUCCGUAUGCCUCUCUUGUGCUGGGCUGCAGUUCAGAGCAAAGCGGACAUGGUCGAGACGCUGAUACAGCAGGGCGUAUCACUCCAGGAGGUUGACGGCCGCUACGGGCGAAACGCACUUUCCUGGGCAGUGAUCAAGGGCAGACAAGAUCAAGGGCAGACAAGACAUAGCUACGCGAUUGCUGCAGACCCCCGGCGUUGGAUGGGAUGA